UUUAUUCUCGCUUACCUUCUCUUCCUGGCUUUACCCUGCAUGGGCUUCCUCCCCAACUUUUGGUCUCGAGUGUUAACGCUGUCCUGGAACUCACACACACACCAGUACAUCACAGAGCGGGCUAUUGUCAAUGUCACCCUGGAGACUCUGAGGAUCAACCAGAAACACCAGGGAAACCAUGCAGAGGAACAGACCAAACUUGGCCGUGGCUUCUGGAAAUCUGUGGGAGAGGUGGUGAAGUACAAUGCGGACAUGGACUUCCUGAGCUACACCAAGUCCGACCCGGUGUACCACUUUGAUUCAGAGCGUGUGGACAGCGCCAUGGGGAUGUUACGGCAGAUCUGGGCUCAGACUCUGCUCUCGGUAUGGGCCAAAGAGUACCAAAGUGCUCGUCGCAGCUUGGGCCAGCUAUUUCACUCCCUGCAGGACUUCUACAGCCACAGUAACUGGGUUGAGAUGGACCAGCGCUUCAUUUACCUCCACCUGCUGCAGCCAGAGGAGCCAGCCAUCCCUGUUGCUGAAGAAGACACUCCUACCUGUAUGGAGUGCUUCAGCAUCACCUGUCGAAACAACCUCCUGCCAAGAAUGACAACCAGACAGAAAGACACCCAGCUGCUCACUACUGGCUACUUCAGCACUUCUCCUACAAAACCUCAAGGUAAGUCAGAGAAAACCUCAGCCACCAACAGCUGCAGUUCUGCCAAAAAAGCAAAGGAAUAA